AUGUUACGAAGUAUCCAUUGUAAUUUAUUAGAAACUCCUUUCUCAUUUCAUAAGUCUUAUUAUUUAAUUAUACGGACACUGACAACUCGUCAACGUCGGACUUCUGCUAUAAAAUUAAAAUCUUCGACAGAUCAGAAUCAAACUACACAAUCUCAUAUUAUCACUCGUCCAACGCGAUUAGAUUUAGAUGAUUUGUCACCAUUUGCACGUUCUGUACUACAAAAUAAUCCAUCAUAUGGCACACGCUUUGGUGGUAAAUUAUCAUUGAAUAAAAAAUAUUUGAUUCAAACGCACGCUGAGUCAACUGGAAGAGCUGAAGAAUUAUUGAAAACAUCUUUAGACGAACUAAAUUCAACAAGAAAUCAGGAAGAAAAAUAUUUGGAAAAAAAAUUUCAAGACGAAGAAGAUGAGCGAUUACCACAACCACCUGUUGUAGAAUUACCCUCAUCAUUGAACGGUUAUCGAAUGAAUUAUGGUAAUGAAAAUUUUUCACUUCCUAUAAGUUCAAUUCCGUGUUAUGGAUGUGGUGCUUUACUUCAAUGUCGUCAACGUUCAUUACCGGGUUUUAUACCGUAUGAAUUAUUUAAUAAAAUGUCAAAUAAACUAAAAUCACAAACGUUAUGUCAACGAUGUUUUCUAUUGAAGUAUCAUCAAGAUAUUUUAGAAUGUGAAGUUGAUGAAAGUGUAUACAAACAAAUUAUUCAUGAAAUUAAGAAGAAAAAGGCGCUUGUUAUUCUACUCGUCGAUCUUUUAGAUAUACCAAAUUCUAUUAGUGAAAAAUGGCAAGAAUUAAUUGACUCAAAUGUGUUAUUAUUUAUUAUUGGAAACAAAGUGGAUCUAUUACCAAGAGGCAGUGAAAAUUAUUUGACAGAUAUUGAACGUUGUCUUGAACAUGAAUGUUCUAAACGUGGCUUUGGAAAACAUUAUAUCAAAUAUUAUGGAGUUAUUAGUGCAAAAACGGGCUACGGUGUAGAAGAGUUAAUAUCAAAAAUAUUUCGUUAUUGGUCACAUCAUGGUGGUGUAUAUUUAUUGGGUAGUACGAAUACUGGUAAAAGCAGUUUAUUUAAUAUGUUACUUGAUUCUGAUUUAUGUCACAUACACGCAUUAGACUGUGUACAACAUGCAACGGUGUCAAAUUUACCUGGUACAACAAUGAAUGUUUUACGUUUUCCGAUUCAAAUACGUACGGGUAAAAAUCAAUUUAUGCGCUCACAACGUUUAUUGGAAAAUGAAGAAUAUUUAAUUGAAAAACAAGAAAUUAAUCAAGAAACGAAUAAAAUGACUAUUGAAAAUGAAACAACCAUUGUGGAUGGUGUUGAACCAACGGUGAAAUGGCGUCGUUCAUUUGAGAGUGAAGUGAAUUUACCUACUGGUGGUGCAUCAUAUGAUUAUAAUUCUGGUUUAUCAGAGUUUUCUGAAACAAAAUCUUAUGAAUCUCGUCAACACAAUUAUGCUAAUUACCAGCGAAAAAAGAUGAAAGCAUUUGAUCCAAAAAAUUAUGUAAAUGAAAAAUGGCUGUAUGAUACGCCGGGUGUCAUUAUUAAUGAUCAAAUUAUAAACAAAUGCAAUCCAUCAGAAUUAGCUUAUUUUACUCAUCAUAAUAUUCUAAGACCAAUUAAUAUCAUUUUGAAACCAAAAUUUACUAUCCUCAUUGGAGGAAUUGCAAGAUUGGAUGUACUUAGCAUUACAAAUUUAUCAAAAGCAUAUGUGUCAUUAAUGACAAAUGAACAUUUCCCAAUAAAUAGUGUACAAACAUGUGAAGUAGAACAAUUUUAUGCACAUGCUUUAGAGCAAAAUCUACUUGGGGUUCCUCAAAAUGAAGUUAAUGGCAAGUUACAAGAUCCUCCAGUGUUAGAUGGACCAAUAGUUGAAAUUUUAGGCGUUGGAUUAAAACGAGCGGCAGCUGAUAUUGUGCUAUCAUCUGCAGGUUGGGCUAGUGUGACUGCACCUGAAGAUGUUUAUGUCACAUUUCGUGUUUACACUCCAGAUGGACUCGGUAUUCAUUUACGUCAGCCACCUCUAUUGAAUUAUUUAUUUGAACUGAAAGGUGAACGUGAAUCUUCUCAAACGCCAUUUUAUUCGAAACUAAUUUACAGUAACGAUGAAUCAAUGUCAAUUGAUUCAGAAUCCUACAAACAUCAAAAUGAAGGACAAAUGAUUAUUAACGAGAAAUUACUGCAACAUCAGUUACAAAUAAAUAAAAAAAGAUAG